GAUGGUGUACCUGUGUUCGAAGAUCAGUCACUAUUGGCUAAAGACGUACGAACGUGCCCGCCUAAGAAUGGCGGUGUCCACAUAGAGGCCGACCGCAGUUACAAAGGCGGACCUGAUGGGGCGGAUACGAUCACUCUUCUUAGUCUAGGCCUGAGAAUCCAGUGAGCAUCGUCCAUGCGGUAUAAAUGUCAAUGAAAGCAGAUACUACAGCUGCAGGCUUUCCCCAUAAUAUCAGGGUCCUUAUCCUCCGUGAUUCGCAAUGACCACAAAUCCUUACCAAUCAUCAAGCCAUGGAUCGUACCAUGAGCCCGAGAAGGCGCAGGUUACGCUGACACUUGAUGAGCGCCGCCGCGCUGCUCUGGAAGAAAUUGACAAUGCGCCCUUCUCGUGGUUCCAUGUCAAGGUUGGUUUGGUUGCCAGUGUAGGUUUCUUUACCGACGCCUACGAUAUAUUUGCCAUCAACAUCGCUGCCACGAUGUUGGGCUACGUCUACGGUCACACGAGUAAUCAGCUCAAUACCAACCAAUCUUUGGGUGUCAAGGUAGCAACUCCUGUUGGCAACUUGGUCGGUCAACUCCUUUUCGGAUGGCUCGCAGAUCUUGUGGGCCGUAAGAGGAUGUACGGUGUCGAGCUCAUGGUCAUGAUUAUUGCGACUUUCGGCCAGGCGCUCGCAGGCCAGGCCCCAGCAGUGAACGUUCUCGGUGUUAUUAUUGUCUGGCGUUUCAUUAUGGGUGUUGGUAUUGGUGGCGAUUACCCUAUGAGUGCCAUCAUUUCCUCAGAAUUCGCCGCUACACGUUCACGUGGUCGUCUCAUGACUGCUGUGUUCGCCGCACAAGGAUGGGGUCAAUUCACUGCUGCUCUCAUUGGUAUUAUCGUCGUCCAAGCAUACAAGAGUGAAAUCCUCAGUUCCCCAUUCCCUUGCGUCGUUCCUGUCGAUUAUGCCUGGCGUCUCUUGAUUGGUCUUGGAUGCAUCCCCGGUGUUGUUGCACUUUACUUCCGUCUUACUAUUCCUGAAACUCCUCGUUUCACCAUGGAUGUCGAGCGUAAUGUCGCACAGGCUACUGCAGAUAUCACCAAUGUGUUGAAUGAGAAUAACGCUACGGAUAUCAAUGCUCUGGCGCAGACUGUCGCAGCCCCGACAGCAACCCGCGCAGACUUUGCCGAAUACUUCAGCAAGUGGAAGAAUUUGAAAGUCCUGAUCGGUACCUCCUACUCCUGGUUCGCUCUCGAUAUCGCUUUCUACGGCCUCGGCUUGAACAGCGCAAUCAUCUUAACUGCAAUCAACUUUGGCAGUCCCACCGGUAACAAAACUUCGGCACUUUAUGUUUACCAGAACCUAUACAACAUUUGUGUCGGUAACCUCAUCCUCUCCGUGGCGGGCUUGAUUCCAGGGUAUUGGGUAUCUUUCCUUUUCAUCGACUCCUGGGGCCGCAAGCCCAUCCAAUUGAUGGGCUUUACUGUACUCACCAUCCUUUUCAUCAUUAUGGGUUUCGCUUAUAAUGCAUUGGACGCUACCACCUCAAGCAAAAACGCAUUUGUCUUCUUGUACUGCCUCACCAACUUCUUCCAGAACUUUGGCCCUAAUACCACCACUUUCGUGAUUCCUGGAGAGGCUUUCCCUACUCGUUACCGUUCGACAGGCUACGGUAUCUCUGCUGCGACUGGCAAGCUCGGAGCUGUCAUUUCCCAGGUCGGCUUCGCUCAGCUUAUCAACAUCGGCGGCCCGAACAAAUUCGUGCCACACAUUAUGGAGAUCCUCGCUCUGUUUAUGUUGACCGGUAUCUUCUCUACACUUCUCAUUCCCGAGACGAAACAGAGAUCGCUCGAGGAUAUCUCGAAUGAGGAUCAGGAGGGCUACAUCAGAGAAGUUCCGAAACCAGCUCGUUCCUGAGUAAAUGUGUGCUGGAUUAUGUUUUUAUUUUAUUUCAAAUAUAUAGCGCGGA